AUGUCACAAGCCACCUUCGCGAAGUAUGAGCUACUCUUUGAUCUUCUCUCACCUCACCGAUGCGCUUUCCGAACUCUGUUUAGGCCCACGGUGACAAACAUUACGUUCUUAUCCGCUUUUACUCCAGUGUUCCCCAAAGCAUCAACACCAGCUUUCUCAGAUCUAGAGUUGCACCUUGACCACGUCUGUCUAACAUGUCUCGAGGCUCGCGCUGAGACAGAAGCCCAAGUCCGGUUCGAGCAACACGAAUUUGCCAAAGCCUACGAAGCUCGUGAACGUGCAGUGAGAGAGAAGCAGGCGGCAGAGCUAAGGGCCAAGGAGGAGCGUGUCCGACGCGAGGCUCGCGACAAGGCGGCAAGGGAGCGAGAGGCAGAACGACGUGUGAAGCGCGAAAAAGAAGAGGCCGAGCGCAGGGCAACGAAGGAGGGAGGUACAUGGAUCGAGACUUCAGGUGGAAAGAAGCCAAAGGGCAAGAGGAGUGGCGGUGGCAGUGGCCCUGCGAGCACUCCUGUGACACCAUUGAACCCUCUGUCCACCUUCAAGAUGGCUGCCGUACCCAAGAACAUCAAAGAUAUCGGUGGAGGUACUGGCGGUGGUGAGAGGAUGAGUCCCAAGAAGGGCCGUGCUGAUUCUGGUGGUAGAGCCGGUACUUGGGGCCCUAAGAAGGUCUUGAGCAGGCAGGAGAACAUCGCCGAUGUCAACACUUCUGCAAAGAAGUGA